AUGACGGCUUGCAGUUACGUGGACGACUUUUUUACGCCGGCUGCACUGUCCAUCACCAAAGAGCCAUUUUCUCAACAAGACAACGCUCAUCCAUAUGCUGUGCUAUUUCCCCAAGAAUGUUGUCCAAGCGCUCAUCGCUGGUUAUGUGAAAGAGCUAUUCUAUGCCCUAAAAAUGAUGAUGUCACAAUCACAAACGAUACUUUACUGACACGUUUGCCUGGGCCACUCCGAACAUACAAGUCCAUUGAUACUGUGUAUGAAAAGGACGAAGUGGUUAAUUAUCCCACAGAGUUUCUGAAUUCUCUUGAGAUCUCUGGAAUCCCACAACAUAAAUUAAAUUUGAAGGAACGGUCACUUAUUAUGUUACUACGAAACUUGGAUCCUCCUAAUCUGUGUAACGGUACAAGAAUGAGUGUCAAGAAAUUACAUAAUAAUAUAACUGAAGCAACAGUGUUAACUGGACCAGCAGCUGGAACUGAUGUCUUGAUUCCAAGAAUACCUAUAAUUCCAUCAGAUAUUUCAUUUCAAUUUAAAAGGCUCCAAUUUCCCGUCCGUUUGAGCUUUGCCAUCACGAUAAACAAGGCCAAACCUUAA